UUUCUGUUCUAGCAAUUACUUUCAGAACGCGAAGGUGGCGCUGUGUACAGGUGCAGGUGCGACAACCGUUCAAAAAUUCUGUAGAUGAACGUAAAAAAUGCCACAUUCUGUGACGAUGUGGCUGUGUUUGUUAAGUUUCGCCUAUCUUCUGAAUAUUGGAUUGGGCUUGAAUUGUUUUGAAUGCCAGUCUAAAGAUGACACUGUGUGUCUGGACCCAUUCACAAGUAACAGACAGGACGUUGUUGGAGAAGCAGAAUGCGACUCUAAAGCCACCCACUGUGUCAAAUACAAGACCAUCAUGCAUCUCUUGGACUCGGGGUUCAUCACAGGACGAGCUAGGGAAAUCGUGGUGGUAUCCCGGUUUUGUCUGAUCAAGCCCGAUGCCAGCGAUGGGUGUACGGCGGUGGUGGGAGACGGCAGUUUUUAUAUCCAGUGUCUGUGUAGUACUGACAACUGUAAUGGUAGCCAAUCAAUUCUGCCCAACCUCCUCAUGAUCUUAACAACAUGUCUUGCAGCAUUAUGGGUGUUGUGGAGAUAGCAGGCCCAUGAACUAGUGUUUCAAUAAUCGGUGAAAACGUACAAUGUAACUAGAAACAACAAGUAUUUUACAUAACAACGGGAUCAUAUUUGUAAUGAACACAUUCCUUUACUUUACAUAGAGUGGGUUAGGUAUAAAGAAGAAAACAUCUCUGGGAGUCUGUUAUUUAGAUAGACAAUGGUUGUGGAGACUUCAUGCCAAUUCCAUUUAUAGACUUCCUAUCAAUUUAACUUGUAGAUUAGUUAAGGAGGUAUGCUACACCAUAGAGAUUUGAUAUGAAUGAAAACUGGAUAUGUGCAACAAUAUUUUUAAAUUGAAAACUUUCAAAUUUACUUUAUUUAGUCAAAAUAUUUAGUUUUAUUAAAAAGCAAUCUGAAAUGAAUUUAAAACCCCUGCUGGACUCGAACCAGCGAUCUGCAAUUCAGCAGUCGACAUGGUAACCUACUCAGCUAAGCAAUAUUUGAAAUGGAUUGACAAAUAUUGCUGAUAAUUAUAUUUUCAUCCAUGUUUUAAUAGAAAGUCAGCCAUUAUGACGAUGUAGAGUACCUCCUUAAACAUAUGACUUCACUAGUCUUGUCAUUUUCCUAUUGAUUCACAUAAGUGCUAUUUCAGUCACUGUAAUGUACUUGUACUCUCCUUCCCAUUCAUGAGUAAAUUGAAAGUUUAUCAGUAUGUGCCAUUUUUAUGCUCCUAUGAUUAUAGAUUCGUGGGCAUAUAGUUUUUGGUCUGUCAGUCUGUGUCUUUGUAAAACACUUUAUCCUUGGUCAUAACAUUUGAAUGGAUGGUGAUAUGGUUUUCAUUUCUCACAUGUGCAUUCCUUGUGACAAGAUCUUUCUUCUGAAGCCAAUUUUUUUUUACAAUGGGGUUGGACUUACUUUUGAAAAAAAGUUUAACCUUGGCUGUUGUCAUCUUUGCUGUCAUGUGGGGGGCAUCAGUGUUUCACAAACACAUCUUGUUUUAUUAUGUGAAUUUUUAACACCAGCAUUAUCACUUACAGGAGAUACUGCUAGGUGUUACAUUCCUACAAACUUCAUUAUUGGUUGUGAUACAUUUGUACAUAUCAUCGUAGUUGUAAAACAUCUAUUCAUAUCCAUUGUUCAGGCAAUAUAUUGUGUUUUUCAUAUGGAAAUGUUAUUUUUAAUAGAAAACAUAUCAGUGUGCUGUUAAACACCAGAGGCUGUGUAUUUUUAUCUAUUUACAUGUAAUGUGAAAGAAAAUACAUUUUAAUUACAUGUACAUUGUAUAUAAAUGGACAUUUGAUUUUUUUUAUUUCAUAUCAAGACAUCUAUUAUAUAUGCAAUUUAUAAACUUUUGUAUCAAAAUGUAAAUAAGUUUAUAUAAAUAAAAAAAAUUUGAAAUGUGA